AUGCAGCGCCGGUUAGACUUAGGUCUUCCGUCGCAAUCGUUCCUCAAGGUAAGGACAGAGAUACUGGAUGAACGGUGGAAAGCAUUGCCUCCGGAAGAACACCCUAAAUACAGCGAGAAGGCGAAACAAAUCGACGAAGAGAAGGCGAAGCGACAAAGUCCUGCGUCGGCUGAUGAUUAUGCAAUGCUGGCAAAGAAAAUGAGUGCGGUCGUAAAUACUUCUAUCAAGGAGUGGCAGAAACACCUUCCUGGUUGGAGUGUCCACCUGAAGAUGGGCGGCACGUUCGGGGUCAAUGGAGGAUUAAAGUCCUGGGAAUUUGACGUACCGUGUUUCGGAGGAAUAAAAUAUCGCCAGUUCACAGAUGGAGAUGGCACAGGUCGAUGGAAGAAGUUCGAUGACCACUUCAUGUCAUACCUCAAGCACCAACACCGAAUUUCUGAGGGUUGGACGAGCGACGAUGCGGGAAAUACGAUGCUUCCCCCAUACCAGAAGACGUGGACCUACGACGAUUUCCUUCAGCGACUGCUUCUCUACUUCGAGCGGCACUGGGAGCACCAGACCAACACGACGACCAUCCCCUGGGACAGUAUCGUCGAGGAUCCUUCUGCUUUCCUUGCGAUAGACCUCCCAGCUGAUUUCAUUUUCAAACGCCCGAGCGAUUAUUCCUUCCCCGAACUGAUCGAACUAUACUCUCAUCUUUCGGUCGCUGAACAAGAGUUACUCGAGGCCCCGGUAAUAUUUUCAAAUGAAGCAUCCCACCCUCAUCCCCCACCUCUCGCACAAACACUAUACGCUACCAUGAAUACCGACCAGGACAAUGGAAUGUCCAAGUUGCAUACUUACCAGUUAGUUCUCCUUGAUCUCGCAGUAUCUGCGCACACCGAGACCAACGUCUCUCCACCUGCUCAGUCCGGCACGGUGAUCAAGUACUCUGAGUCGUCCCAGCGUAAUAUUGUCCCCCCGGAUCCUACCGUAUCUUCCUCUGCAGCCACAUCCUCCUGCCCUGAGCCUGUCUCCCCUGCCCGACCCACCCCUGCGGCUAUCAGCCACUCCAUAUACCACCCCAGCCCCUGCUCUCCCUCCCCGACUCAUGAAGUCAAGUGCGAACGCUCUGAUGCUGACUCUUUCAUCUUUGAGCUCGCACCACCAUCCCCGCCUCCACCAAUAUCCAAUCACUCCCCGCUUGCAGAGGUCCCCCUCCGAGCCACCGGUGCGUGCUCCGCCAUGCGCAAGAUGAUGAGCGUCUUCCGCCUCGAUCCCUUCGCCGUGCACAAUGGCCAUGGGGCUGCCGUCGCUGCCUUGCCCCUCAUGGAGGUCCACCUCGAGUACUCCCUGGUCCCCCAGAGCCCGGAGCCCGAGGACAACCACCAGUACGCCAGCCAUCACAUUUAUAGGUAUUAUCAGUACCCUCCAGGGCACCUCUCGUCAUCUCCCGCGCCAAGCAUCUAUGCGGGCACAUACGACGCGCUCGGCGAUGAGAGCCAGUGGCUGUUCAGAGACUGGGACCUCGAGUAUCGCUCCGGUCCCGUGGAUGAGCCCUCCUCAUCUUUCGCAUCCAUCAUGACCCCGGUGCAGAGCCUCUACUGGGGUAUGCAGCACGGCAUGGAAGCUAACAUCCCGUUUCCAACUACGAGUUUCCUGGGGGUCGCAGCCGAACAUUCCUAG